AUGAUAGACCUCUUCAGGGGUAUGACGUGGUACGAACUGAUCGCUUUCUGUACGCUCGGCUACUUUCGCGAAAUCCCUCGUCGGAUUCGCCAAAAGUGCCAUCGCGCUUUUGGGAAACAUUACGACUUGCUUUGCGAUAACUACGAAUCUAUGAGAGAGUCUCUCGAGAAGUUUAGUCGUGUUAUGCCGCAAUUUCCACGAUUUCAAGAGCUACCUGCGGAGAUCAGAUGUCUGAUCUGGAACUAUGCUACUCCGGAGGCACGGGUUGUUGAAAUGCGCUUGAAGCAAUCAAAGGGAAACAAAGUGUCAUUCAGGUCCAUCUGUCAGAUCCCAGCAAUCCUACACACCUGCCAAGAAUCUCGUGCUAUUGGUCUGCAAACGUAUCACCUGGCAUUCCGUACAUCUUCGUCCCCUGCAAUGACAUUUGUCGACUUCGAGAGGGACAUCAUAUACUUCGGAGCGAAAGCCAUCUUCCAAAGCUACAAGCCUAUCAUUUCACGGAGCAAAGAGUGGUGGGAUGAGGAGGGAUUCUCAGACUUUGAAAAUAUCCGCAGAAUCGGCUUGGGCUCGACAUCAUCUCCCUUUUACGAAGGACCGAAUCUUGAAGAACUACGAGGGGUGAAAGAGAUCAUUAUGGUGGCUCGAAUGGAGUAUGGUUCACACCGAAAAUGGGAUCUUGGACGCAAUCCGAAGUUGGUGCGAUUUGGUAUCUUUCUUCAUGAUGCAAAUGCUGUGGUUGCAUGGAGGCGGAUCAUGGAUCGUAGCCCAAAAGGGAGACCGAUGGCCAAUGCUUCACUUGAAUGUUUUGUGAAGGCGCCUGGUGAUAGGUGGUGGUUCAAGGGAAAUGGAGUUCCGUUCUAA